AUGAGUCGAGAGAUCCAAGAGUUGCGUAGCCAAAGAGAAGGCGAAAAUGCAACCUUGAGCCCGGAGACUGGCGGUAGCACGAGCCUCGCGUCUGAACCAAGUUCAGGCUUAUCAACUGAAGACAAUUUCGAGUUGGACGAAACAACCGUCGUGUUGAAUGGUUUGCUAGUGGAAUCCCACUUGGCCAUCGAUGCUCUCAAAGUCUUUGCGGAACUGUUCCGGCCCCAGCUGCCGCUUCUUGAGCCCAUAUCCCUCCGUCACAUGUAUCAUUCACAACCCUUUUUAUUCUGGACUAUCGUCGUGAUAGUUUCCUCACAUCUACCAGACAGUUCUCAUCAAGAGUUAUUCUCCCGCCUCCACCAGCCUUACCUAAAACUGCUACGAGAAGGGGCUCUUGGAGCACCGCUGCCUCUGCACAAGAUCCAAGCCCUGCUCUUCCUCUGCGCAUGGCCUCUUCCUAUUAGACACCAGGUAGCAGACCCGAGUUGGCUAUAUUGCGGAAUUGCAAUCCAGGCUGCUCGGUAUAUGGGCCUAGACAGGGAGCAACCUCUGCCAACUCCUCGCAGUGUGGGUGUGUUGCCGGGGAGUAGCAGAGCAAGAAUCAACACAUGGCUUGGGUGUUUUUACGUGGGCACAUCACUCAGCCUUCACUUGGGCCUUCAGCCGCCGAUCGACUCUGACAUCGACUUCACCGCAAUCCAUAAUUUCUUGACCCAAAAGACGCUUCCAUUCGAAAUCACCACCCAGGUUAGAAUUCAUCUAGUCGUGGCCAAGUUCAUUGGGCUCUUGUUGCAAAACAACGAAACUGUAGGCUCCUCCCUGAUACGACUCAUCAACAGCGAGCUCGACGUCCUCAAAUCAGGCUUUCCAGAAAAUGAACCCGGAAUCCUCAAAAUUGAAUUCAGCAUUCUGGUGACGAAGCUUCACUUCUAUGCCCUUCUGAUAAUAAAAUCGCCUCCGAACAGCCCGUCCCGCGAGAUUAUGUUGCAAACAGGACUAGCCGCGGCGUUGAGGAUCAUCCGCAUCUCUACUAUCCCACCCAGUUCUACAAGAUUUGGUGAUCGCAGCUUACCCAAAAUACAGAGAGAAAGAUCGUUACCCAAGACCUACUACCGUGGUCUUGCGUUCGCGACAAUCUUUCUCAUUACAUUCUUCCACCUCGACGUCAAUGCGUCCCGCGAAGAGCAGGAAUCAGCGGCGUCUCACAUCUCCCUAGCACAGGGUGUAUUCAAGCUGUGUUCGAUCGACCCAAUGGACGAAUACGCCCGGACAUCAAGAAUGUUUGAGAUUCUUGCACGUCUUCCACCUGGGAGCUCCGACCCUACCAAGCUACGGUUUACACAUCGGAUGGGCGUUUCUUUACUUCUGCACGCGACAAGAAUGGCUGAUGAAGCUCGCGGUCGGUCGACGCAGAUCCCAGAGCUUCCAGAGAACCGGACCCCGGAAGAACCCAUAGUGACUUACCAGAGCCAACUGCAAGAGCAACAGUUGCAAUCAGACCUGAUCUACCCAAUGGAUCAAGCCAACUCCGACGCUGAGUUCCUGAGGGAGUUUUGGGAUGACCCGAUUAUGAAUAUUCUGAACUUAGACGCUAUGUAUCCGCCUCAGGAGUAG